AUGUUGUCGGAAAAAAAGACAUGGGUACAUCUGAAGAAACUGAUGCAUCGACUACAUCUGGAUGAGACGGCGCUCGACCUGUUUGCACGACGGCCUGGAAGCAGUUUCUAUACAAGAUUGAGCUUUAUUGAUAGAGCUACGAUGAAAAAAGAUGGAGAAGAAGCUGGAUACCGACCACGACAAGUAAUCGAGAUCUGUGGGGCGAGUGAUACGCCCAAGAUCCAAGUACUGGAACACGUCAUUGCCUCCUUUGUUACGAAAAGCUGUUUAUCUACUCGAAAGAUGCCAAAAGAGCGUGUUUUUAUAUUUGAUCAUGAAUGUCAAGUGUCGGCAACACGGAUGGCGGCUAUAGUAACUCGUAGAUUAGAUGAUCACGAACAGGAGGAGGCAGUGGACGAAGUGCUGAGCCGAGUGCAGACGUGCAACUGUCGAGACUCGUUCCAGUGGCUCGCGUCGCUCAAUCACGUUCAUUUCAUGCUCUUAGAAGCACCAUCAACACCUUUAAUGCUUGUGUUUAAUUGUGUAGGGUCAUUCCAUGCGAUUGAUAGGAUGGCAGCUAGGAGCGUAGGUGACGGACUGGCACUAUCAGAGCAAGUAUUUCUUUUCCUUCGACAAUUCAUCCAACACCACUCGCCUAUUGUUUUUGCGGCAAAGGAUAUCGCAACCAAGUUACUAAGCGAAUUUUGCUUCGAACCCCGUCACCACUAUGUAGCGCUUCAAAAGAAAAAGUGUACUCUUGACGAAGAAGGCAGCGAUAUGUACGCAUCAUUCGAAGCUAAGUGCAUCGUUGCUGGCAAGAGCCAAGUGUAUGUGUGCCGCACGGAAGGGGGUAGUAUUUUCUCCAGCUUGGUUGACUCCAAGCAUGACGUGAUAUGA